AUUCCUUCUCAGUCACACACACCCUCUCUGUUUUUGUGUGAACUCCACCCAUCUCUCUCUCUCUCUCUAACUAGAACAUGGUUUGUAUUAGAAUUUCAUAGAUGUAUAUAGCUAUAACCAACUAUUUCUAACAUCAACACAUAGAAAUAUAUAGCAGAUUAGAAGAAGAACAUGUUGCUUGGAAAACGUCCUCGACCACCAAUUAUGAGAAGAACAAGAAGCAUGAGUGGUGGUUUAUCCGUGGACAUGCAAGCACAUGAUCAAACCAACAACUUAGAAUCCCAUCAUGAAAAAGAAUCAGUGAUGUCUCAUCAUAAUCCUCUGCAGCCACAUCCACACCAUGAUGAUCAUCAAGAACAUGGCAUCAACAUCAAGAAUCCACAUACGGUUGUGAUGGGAACAGAAACACACAUUCAAAGUAAAUUAACGGUGUCUGAUGAACGUUUAGUGGGUAGUGCAGUCAUGUUCCCUUCACACACUAACAAUAUUAUUAAUCCUUUGAGUGCGAGUGCCCAUGAUGUCAUACAUAGUACACCUCACUUUCUCCGAACUUGUGGCCUCUGUAAUUGUCGUUUGGCUCCUGGUCGAGACAUCUACAUGUAUAGGGGAGAUACAGCAUUUUGCAGUUUGGAGUGCAGGGAGCAACAAAUAAAACAAGACAAGAGAAAAGAAAAGUGGAAGAUUGCCUUCACCAACAAAGAAGACCACCGUGUAUCACCACCGUGCACGGCCACUGCAAAAGCUUCUACUGCUGCCUGUACUUGAAGAAGGGUUCACUGUUCAGGGUUGCAUACUUGAAUAAUAAUUAUAAUAAUGAGUUAUUAUUAUCUCAUAGAAUAUUAAUUAAGAAUGAACAAAGUGUCACGCUUACCAUGUCAUUCAUGUGUGUGUGUGUGUGUGCUGUGUGUACUUAAUUACGACAAAGAAGGACCACCUCAAUUCUCCCUUUGUCUCAAUCAUUAUGCUCCUUAUGGCUUUUUUACACUUGUCUUUGCCAGUGAUUCUUAUUAACAUAAUUUUCUACUACAAACUUUAUAAAGAAUUGUUGCUCAAUUAUUAAUUAUUACUAGCUAUUUCAACUUUA